CUUGUUUUAUAUUGUGAUAGGUGCCAGACAGAGACAGGCUGUCUAUGAGAGUGGUGGCUCUGAAGCCAGGCAGAGUGACAAUCCACCUCAAUGUGAUGAUGAAGGCCACCAAGUAUGGCUCAGUUGUGGAUUUCUCAGAUCAUCUGGACUUGGAGAUAUUCGAGGAGCUGAGAGUUGUCAAACCACUUCACUACAAGGCCUCUACACUGUUAGUGGCACCCUUCACUCACACGUAUCUCCGCACCAAUAAGGAUUCGGUGAGUGAGGUGAAAUACAGUGUGAUGGGCUCUCCAGAGGCAGGCUGGAGCAUCACUCAGAACACUGCACUGACAAGCAACACGCCUGUUGUGACAGUGAACCGUGCAGGUCUGGUCAUGUCACAUGGUGCAUUAGGUUCAGCCACUGUGCUCGUCAACUCUGUGGAGGAGUUUGGGCUCAGGCAAACUUUACCAGUAAACAUUGAGGUGAAGCCUGUUUCAUUAUAUAAUGCUGAACGUGAAGACCAAGCUGCACCUGGGUCCCAGCAAAGUUAUCUCUGCUCUCCCCCGAGGCAUGGACCUAGACUUGGUCGUCACAUACCACGAUGAUACUGGAGAUGUGUUCGCAGCCACACGGACAGACAUUAAUGUGCAACAGAACAGAAUCGAUAAUGUGAAAGUCGUGCGUGGAGAAGUGAAUGGUACCCUUCUUGUCAAGCUAGUUAACUAUGGUUCAACAGUGUUGAAGGUCUGGGACAAAAUCACACCCAAAGUGUCUCAAGAUUAUGUCAAGUUUCGAGUUGAUCACCUCA